AUCAUCGAUUGCUUGUGAGGGGAAACAGAGUGAUGGGACCAAAGCGAAGGGAAAGCGGAAAGUAAUCACUGUUCGGGCUGUGAUUGGUAUUAUUCUAUUCGAGAUUUGGAAUAAAGCGUUACAAACAUGUGUACACUAUUUUGUGUUUGCAUGGCAGGUGUGAAGAAUGACUUCCUGCUCAGAACUCUGUGGGUCUGAUCAUGGCGAGCGAUCUCAGAGCACGGUGCACAACCACCACCAGCGCUACGGGGUCCGGUCCUACCUGCACCACUUCUAUGAGGAGUGCACAGCCUCCAUCUGGGACCGGGAUGAAGACUUUGAGAUUCAGAAAUCACCCAGCAGGUGGAGCGCUAUCCUUGGGAAGGUCUGUCUCGCGUUUGGGACCCUGAUGCUAGUCGUUGGUCUGACCGUGUUGACCGUGGGCUUCGCCGCCCCGCCCAAAAUCGAAGCCUUCGGCGAGGAAGAGCUGCUCUUUGUGGACAAGCGCGCCGCGCACUUCAACCGGGCUCUGGAAGUCUGCAAGCUGGUCGGCGGCGUCCUGUUCUGCGCGGGGGGCGUCCUGGCGGCCGCGGGCCUGCUGCUGUCCAGCUUCACCCGGGGGGAGCCCAGCGAGGAGCGCUGCUUGCAACGGAGGUUCAAGGAGAAGCUCGCCGAGCUGCAGGCCGCCGUCCACCCCAUCAGGAAGGCUCCCACGCUCGGAGAGUGGAGGAUCCCUGUCACCCUAUCCAAAGCACAGAACAUUCAGCCGGUUUCUGAGACCUGAUGCGUCCCACUGGGCCAGCUUACGUGGUGAAGAGCGCAGUAGAUGCUAAUGUAAAGCCCCUUAGGAACUGGGCACUCCUGAUUAUUGGUAAGAUUGGACUUUGGCAGGACAUUUAGGAUGGCAACAGUCUCAGUUCAGUGUAGCAGGACGAAGUGACCAUUUUUCUCUUUUAAUAUUCAGCACUGUUAAUGUUGUAUCUGUUUUUAUUACAAUAUAAUUGGGUACUAACACUGUUUGUGAACAUCAGUUAGCUGUAGUUCUGGAGUGCUAAUCUGAAUGUUUUGCACUGACCUAUAGGUGCUGCUCUGUGUCAGAGCACCAGACUGAAUUUUGUCUUAAUGGUGCAAAUGGAAUUUUAAGCUUACCUUUUCGUCAGUUCAACUAAAUUCCAGGCUCCUGAUAAAUGGGUGGAUUGAUGUUUUAGAAUGUUGAAACUCAUUCCUGGUGCAGUUUGAAUCUCCAGAUGAUUUUUUUAAAAAAGCAUUUUUUGACACAAAAUACAAUGCUGUAAAUUGCAAAAUGAAAUCGAUGGGAUACAAGACAGAGGGUGACAUCGCUGAGGCCUACAGCUGAAAAAAUGUGUCAGAUUUUGCACAUUGACAGAUGAAGUGCACAUUAUGCAUUUAAUUCACAUACAGCAUUGGGACUCUGCGUCUUCUGAGUCCAAUGCUUCCCUUUCAGCUACCCUGGAGCAGUCUUCACACUCUAUCCUGGGGCCCACUGUGCAUGCUGGUUUUCUUACAGUCAAUAUCUUUAUCAAUUAAGGUCGCUAAAAGCAUGGGUUUAAUUUCUAAUAUCAUUUUUUACUUAGGCUUAUUCCAACAUCAUGCAGAUCUGGCUCAUUCCCAUUUGCUCUGUCGUUCUUGGUCAACUCAAAUUUUUCGCAUAGUUUCAGUGACCAGGUAACCAUACUGUUGUGAAGUUUGGUCAGGCUUAUUCAGAACAACACAACAACCGAACAGAAUUUUGCACAUCUGUAGAGCCAAUUUAGUGAAAUAACACAGACAAGACAAAGUUUAAUCAGCCUCACAAAAUUAAGUUAAAGUUAAAACAACAAGGUCAGGGAAUUUGCUAUUUCAGACCAACACAUGGAUAGCAAAACACACACAACAACAGUAGUAAAAUGACCUAAUCAGGUAUUACAAGUUUUAUGCUAUCCUAUUGUUUGAUGUCAGUGU